GUUUACGCUCUGUGUUGUUUUCGCUGGAAGCGGAUUGCUGGUGGUGGUGUGAUGUGGCGUCGAAUGAUUCUGCGGGAAUGAUUCUGUGAUUUCCCCGCAUGAAGCCGUGCGUUGAGUCACAUCGUAUCCUUGAUCAGGAAGAAGCUUAAGGGCUAUCGUCAAGGGAUCCUCGUUGCAGUCUCCGACUUCACCGAGUCGAGCAGAAUGAGCGCCGACGUACUGGACAUUCUCGACAUAGAGCGGGGCCAAGAACAAGAGAUCUCGAAAGAUGCGAUCCUCGGCCAAAACUCCAAGCCGAAAAAGAAGUCGCUCGUCGGCCCCCGGAAGCCCGAAGGGAUGGCUCGGGAGGUAUACAACCUCUUCGACCGGAGCGAUCCGCCGCCCCUUUUCAUGACAGACUUCAAGCCGUCGGCAGGCGGUGGCUACAAAAACGUGAAGGCAAAACUCGGCAUCAAGAAGGUCCGUCAGUGGAAGUGGAUGCCGUUCACCAACCCCGCCCGGAAAGACGGUUUCAAACUCAAUCAUUGGGUGAGAUCGAACGAUGAGGCCCGAGAGUACGCCUUCUGCAAAUUCAACAAGCAAGUCUCGAUCCCCACGUACACGGAUGCCGAGUACACGCAGCACUUGAUGUGCAAUACGUGGACUAAGGCUGAAACCGACUAUUUAUUCGAGAUGGCGAACAGGUUCGAUUUGCGUUUCAUAAUCAUGAAAGACCGCUGGGAUCGACAGACUUACCAAGACCGUGACGUUGAAGACAUUAAAGACCGCUACUAUUCGGUCUGCAACGGCCUCAAAAAAAUCCGCGCACCGCCCGGUACCGAGGUGAAAAUCCAAGCGUUCGACGCCGAUCACGAAAGACGCCGCAAGGAACAAUUGCAUAAACUGUUGUCGCGGACACCCGAGGAAGUCGAAGAAGAACAAAAUCUAAUCCAGGACCUACGCAAGAUCGAAUUGCGUAAGAAAGAGCGCGAGAAAAAGGCUCAGGACCUUCAGAAACUCAUUCAAGACAACGAGCAGCGCGCGUCGCAACAACAGCAGAAGAAAUCGAACGCCCCCGUCGUUUCCGGCGUGAAGAAGAAGAAGGAAAGGAAUUCCGUGUCCGUCGCUCCGAGCUUGGUCGACAUCAGCCAGAUCGAGAGCACUGCAGCUAUCAAGUAUCCCGAGUUCAAGACAUCGGCAGCUUCGCUGAGAAGUUCUCGGAUGAAACUCCCUCAGAAUAUUGGCUUGAAGAAGAUCAAAGCUCUGGAACAGAUGCUCAAGGAACUCAACGUCGACUCGAAUCCGCCGGCGUUCGCGGACGUUGUUCAGCAGUUCAAUGAGCUCCGCAACGAUAUGAUGGUUCUCUAUGAACUCAAACAGAUCCUCACCACAACAGAAUAUGACUUGAAUGCGCUCCGGUUGCAAUACCAGGAAGUGAAGACCGAAGCAGCGGAUUCGGAUGCUGGGGGCGAUGUCGAUGUGAUGGGAAGUCCACCGAGAAAUUCGAUUGCAGACACUUUCGAAGUGGACCUGACGCCGAAUCGAAAGCGAAAAGCUGCGCUUGAGCAAGUGAAUAUACUCAAGCGCUUGAAAAAAAUGUAGAUACAGGUACUAUCAUGAAUGCUGCUCCCAUCAUUCAGGAGACUGACUUCCACAUGAGGGACAGCUGGAAAUAUUGUAUAGAUUUUCCAAUCUCGUUUUUCUCCACGGAGAGUAUGGGUGAUACCUUAAUUUACAUCCU